ACCGACCGACCGACUGUCGGACGGACCGCACCUCGGCAAUAAUUGGAGCCGGAGGGCAUCGUUUCUAAGUUUGACCGGCUCUUCGUAAUCGCAGAUAAGGACACGGAGAUCGUCAGCGACCGUCUGCGAUUCGAUGCGAAGCUAUCGUGUCGUCUUCAUUCGUGUGAAGAUCUCGGAGGAGCUUUUCUUUCUCGAGUGUCUCAGGCCCUUUCGAAGGUUCCGCGACUGAGAAAAGGGUCCUUUUGAUUUGAUUGUUUCGACGCGAUCUUUGUUGGAUCUGCUCGGAUUUACUCGUUGUCGAACGCUUCUAGCCUAGGAUCUCUUCUGCCAGAAGAAUUACCUCAGGACUGUCGGUUGGACUGUUCAGCAACAUGGUUCAGACGCUGGAAGCUAUCAAAGGUGGUGGAGGAUCCAUCAGGAUUGGAACCACUGGUACAAUCAGUUCGCUGAUGAUGAGAGAAUUAGAAUCCAUCAAGUCUGCUCCUAAGGCGCCAAUCUCUCCUAGAAAUCGACCUCGGCCGCAUGUGGUUUCCAUUUCCUGCAAGGCCACUACUCCUAAAAGACCACAGCGGAGGAAGUCAGAUGGAGCAAGCAGCAGCAACUGUGCUGAUGAAAGAAGCCCGGAGGUUCCUCGGAAAACAAAAGGUCAUGCCAGAACCAACACUCAACUUCCAAUGCUCGCGGGCGAUGAUGUUGCUCUUGAUGGAACUGCAGGGAGGAGGAAAACUGACAAAAAGGUAACGAACAUUGUUGAGGUUGUGGAUAUAAGAUGUGGCAAUGCUGAUAGAGCUUGGGCUGGCCCUAUAGCUACCCGGCUUAAGAAGCUCAGCUUCUCAAAGCUCUCCGAGAGUAUUGUCUAGGCUUGGAGAUCCAUGUCCAAUUUGAGGUUUCUGUAGUUGAAACUGGAAGUGCCAACAGGCCUUUUGUUGUCUGAAACCUCAACCAUGGAACAUAUGCUUGGCACGAGCCUGUUGCUGCUCCCUCUCCUUUUCUUUUUAUGGGUCAAGAGAGAAGCAGAUGUAGGUUUGGCAGGAUUGCUAGAGGAAGCCAUGCCUGCGACCUGAGUUCGAGGCUUCUGUGAACUCUCUCUACAGCUCAACUCGACCCUUCUGAAAUACUCGAUUUCCUGCAUUAUAAGGGAUCCGAUGGUGCCCUUCGUCCCUAUUUCGACAGGAGCAGCCUUUUUCUGAGGGGUUUCUGUGUCGCUUGGUCUGGAUUUAUGCAUGUUCACUAUGCCAGUAGGAGCCAUGGAAGCUUUGAUAACGAAGUGAGGGGGUUUUGGGUCUUGUCUGGGUGGGAAGAUUUCUUUGAAUCUGGGGCACUGGUUGCUUUGGUCUUAUGGCUAGUGUAUUCACAUGAAUUCUGAACCUUAAGUUUUCUAUCUGAACGUGAAUCCCUGUAGCUUUUUCCUACUUGGUGGAUGGAACGGUGACAUGUGGUCACUUUAUUCA